AUGACGGCGUCCAUCAUCAAGAAUAUCGGUCCGAGGAAAAUUAUCAUAAAGAAGACAUGUCCUACACUGUGCUCUAUCUCUGAUUCUAUUGAAGAGCCGAUUUUUGCUGGGCUUUUGGGUGUGUCGGAAGUGGGGAGGAAGGUGUGGUCUGCUAUAUCUAGAUUGGGGGUGGUGAGCGAGAAGGAAGAUGGUGAGGUUGAGAAGGAUGUGGAGAUUUUAGAAAAGAGAGACAAGGAGAUUUCGUUGGAAACAAAGUAUGAGUGUUUCAAUGACUCUUUAGCAAGGGAUUUUUGGGGUGUGAAGGAGGUGGAAUGGACCUCUAGCAAUUCUGUAGGAGCGGCUGGAGAGAUGGUUAUUUUGUGGAAAAAAGGUGCACUGACGGUAAAUCACAGCUUUCGUGGGAAAGGAUUUGUGGGAAUUAACAUUUUUUGGAAAGGUAAUAGUUACAAUCUUGUCAAUGUUUACGCCCCAUGUAGUAGGAGGGAAAGAAGUUCGGUGUGGUCUGAUCUAUUAUCGUUGAAGAAUAGACGUGGGAAUGAGGAGUGGUGCAUAGCCGGAGACUUUAAUGAAGUGCUGAAUAAGGAAGAGCGUGAGGGAGUUUGCAGCACGCGUGAACGAAGGGGGAUGGGAGAGUUCGAUAGCUUCGUGGAGAAUAUGGAGUUGAUUGAUGUUAAUUGUGUAGGAGGUAGAUUUACUUGGUUCAAAGAUAAUGGGAAGGCUAUGAGUAGGCUAGAUCGUUUCCUUGUUACGAGGAAUAUGAUGGAUAUUUGGGAAGUGAUAGACCAAAGAAUCGACAAAAGAGAUAUUUCCGAUCACACGCCUAUUCGGUUGAAUGUGGGAAAAGUCGAUUUGGGUCCUAAACCUUUUAGGUUCAAUAAUGUUUGGAAGGGGGAUUUUGUUUUGUAUGAGAAGCUUAAAAUAUUACGAGGAAAAUUGAGGGUUUGGAACCGGGAGGUGUUUGGUUGGAUAGAUCUUAAGGUGGAGGAAGAGGUGGACAAAAUGAAUGAGUUGGAUAGGUUAAUGGUGGACAAUCUUGGGGGAGAUAUUGAAGAUUUGGUUGUUGAAAGAAGAGAGGUUGGCAAGGAUAUUAGGCAUAGUUUGAAUGUUAAAGAAGCUAUGCUUAGGAAAAAAUCUCAGAGUCUUUGA